AUGUACAUACACACAGACACAUUUACACACACAGAGACACAUGUACACAGACACAUGUACACACACAUACAUGUACAUACACACAGACACAUGUACAGAUACACACAUGUACAUACACACAGACACACACACACCCCCCAUAAAAAGUUGCAGUACUUCGUUGUUCACUCACAGAUCCGGGUACUGCACUCUAGGGAGAGGCAGAGAGCACAGCACACACUCCUUACUUUGCUUUCACUGCAGCUAUUGAGCAGUCUGAAGGCUCCCAGUGCCAAUAACAGAUCUGGCCUGAGCUCCGAGCCUGCUCAGCAAGACAGCCCUGGGGGACACACUCGCCCCCACCAUAAUUUCCACUCGCCAUUGGUGAGAAGGCGAGUGGAAAUUUCAAGCCUUGGUAUA